UAUUUGUAGGAGUAGCAUAAUUGUGCAACAUUCUGCUGUUGUUGAUUGCUGUAAUUAAUGUAAAUCAUGUUGUUCAUUUAAUAUUUGAUUAAUAUGUAUGUCCUUAUUUUGCCCAAGAGUGUCAUUUUAGGGCGGUUGAAUAACUAGGCAUUUAAUGAUUUAUAGUAUUACUAAUACUAAUAUUAUAAAGUUGGUACUUAAAGUCUUAAGUUAAACUAGUUAGUUAACCCAAAAUUGGCAUAAAUUUAUUUAAUAUUAUAAAGACUAAAGUUUUAAGUUACCACUGACACUACAUCAACUGUUAUGUGUUAAUCGUACCGUUACAAGUUACCGUAACACAUAAUAGUGUUAAGACUUUUAAGUUUUAUCAAAUUUGGUAAUUUUACAGCAACCUACAGUUUUGUUCUUGACUUUCACUUUCUAGUAGAUUAAAUUUAUAGCAAUGUUAGCUUCCAUUGUCGAAUACAUUAACUCGAAGGUUUUUUGUAAUUCGUCUGAGUCGGAAAAUGAAAUGCCAGAAAAUGAUGUUGACACUGACAAUGAAGAGAAAAGGCAGAGAGUUAGUCGAAAAGUAGAAGAUUUUGAAACAGGAGAGGCAAAUGGAAAAAUUACAUCUAAAGCAGUGACAGAAAAAGUGGGUACAGUUUCUUCUGAAGUUUUCACAUCACCCAAAUGGGUAAGAACAAGUCUACCAGUUCCUAUGAUCCCAAGAGCAGAAAUCAGUGUGUGGAGCAUAUUGAAACAAUGUAUAGGAAAGGAGCUGUCCAAGAUCACCAUGCCUGUGGUGUUCAACGAACCUCUAAGUUUUUUGCAACGGCUGACCGAGUAUAUGGAAUAUAGUAUUUUACUGAAGCAAGCAGAUGAGUGUGAUAACCCAGUGGACAGGAUAGAAUAUGUUGCUGCUUUUGCUGUGUCAGCUCUAGCUUCAAACUGGGAAAGACUUGGGAAACCUUUUAAUCCUCUGCUUGGAGAAACAUAUGAACUGGUUAGAGAAGACCUUGGAUUCAAGAUUAUCUGCGAACAAGUAAGCCACCAUCCUCCCAUUAGUGCCUUUUAUGCUGACUCUCCACACUUUACGUUUUCUGGGUCUAUUCAUCCAAAGCUGAAGUUCUGGGGAAAGUAUGUAGAAAUCAAACCUGAGGGAACACUUACAGUUGAGCUACUUCGGGGUAAUACUCAUUCCACCAAUUCAGAAAAUUCCAAGUGUGAGACUUCAAGUUUCUUGGACAUCCCUAAUUCAGUUCUCUUGUGGCAGGCAGAGCCAAGACCUAGUAAUUCUGUAGAGUAUUACCACUUUUCACUUUUCACAAUGUCUCUGAACGCAUUAGUAGAAGACAUGAGAAAUACUGUGGCACCAACAGAUUCUCGAUUGCGACCAGACAUAAGAUACCUUGAGCAAGGUCUUCUUGAUAUGGCAAGUUCUGAGAAGAAAAGACUUGAGGAAAAACAGCGAGAACUUAGAAAAAGAAAAACUGUGUGGGACAACUGGUUACAAAGGUGGUUCAGACAAGAUGAAAAUCCAUAUACCAAAAUGCCUGACUGGAUUUUCACGAAUGAAUACUGGAAGAAAAAUUUUUCCCGAUGUCCAGAUAUAUUUUAAUUUAUAUCUACCAAUCACAUCAGCUGGUCAGAAGUUUAUAUUGUGAAUCACUAAUGAGAUCAGCUUGAUAUAAUACCUGAUACCGAUUUGCUUUAGUGCAACACAGUUAUUGCUUGUUUUCUUGUUAACAGUAAGCCUUAUUAUUGUUUGUGGUGGACUGAUUGUUUUCCUUGUGUCUCAAAAUUAAUUAACACUGUUUUACAGUCAGAAUUAUUUUAAAAGUACAGCAUGUCACUAGAAGCUUUUGCCUUUUCUUUAACUCCCUCUCCCUAAAAGUUUCAUAGUUAAUUUAAUCCAUUAUGCCAGUAUAUUGAAAAUUGUUUCAAUUAAAAUAAAUUUGAAAGUAUAAUGUACAAAUUUCAGUAGAUAUAUAUUGAAAAUAAAAACUUUAUAUACAAAUGUACAUACAGAUAUACAUUUUAAUAUUAACUUUGUUGGGCAUGGUGGAGGAUGUAAGUUUAGGCUUUGUAAUUAAAUAAAAGUUAUUAGAAAACAUUG